GAGAAGUUCAUGUCGGGUCCAACAAAAACGCGGAGCAUAUUCAGAGGGAGAUCGCGCGCAAGCAGGCGAAACAAGUGUUGUCGGAUGUGUAUCCCCAUCUCACCUUCUACGCCGACAGGCAGAAAGUUUCGGUGUCCAUGAACUGGAAGCCGCUCGUCCAUCUUCGGCCGGUCCCUGACACGGAUAUACUUGAUGUCAUGCACGUGUUGACCAACAUGCAGCCGGAGGGCAUCGAGAGAUAUCACAUCGAACGAAGGCUUUUCCUGGCCUUGCGCACGAGCGAUG